CAACGGCAAAGGCAGCAGGGCAAACAGCAGCAAUCAGAGUAGUAGCAAUAGCCGCAGUAGCAGCAGUGUAUAAAAUUUUCUUCACUGUUCAUAUAAACCCAAGCACAGCGCAGCCAAAGCAAGCCAAACCAAAGUAUUUUGUAUUUCAUACUGUAUUCGUUAAUGCUUCGUUCUGUGUGAGAAUCGACUCAACGACUCAGCUAACAAGCAAGCCAGAGCCAUACAGCGCCAUAAAGUGAUAAUAGCGUCGAAGUAGCAACGUACGCCAGCCAGCCAUAUAGUCAUAUAGCCAGCCAGUGAAGCAACGACGAAGAAAUCAACCACUGUGGUGGCCUGCAUAUACUCGCUGUGUUUAAGUGUAUUUUCUACUACUGCUGUAUUACUGGCGCUGCUGCUGCUGCUACGUAUUCAUAUCGCCAGUACUACACAAGGCAGUACGAAAGUCUCCUAAGCCACCGUGGGCACAGUACGUUUUGUCGUUUUGAUCUCAACGCUAGGCGAACACACGCAGUGCUUCAAUUGAAAUUGCCAAUUUGCCGAUUAGCUGUGCUAAUAAUUUGUACUAAACGUUUCCAAAUUUGAACAAUCCCAACAAAUAUUCAAAAUAUGGCCGGUGAACGUCCAAAGCGUCCUCUGUCAGCUUAUAUGCUGUGGCUGAAUGAGAAUCGUGAGCAGAUCAAGAAAGAUAAUCCUGGCAGCAAAGUCACAGAUAUUGCCAAACGUGGUGGUGAAUUAUGGCGUGGCAUGAAAGACAAAUCUGAAUGGGAACAGAAAGCAAUGAAAAUGAAGGAAGAGUACAACAAGGCCGUCAAAGAGUAUGAGGCCAACGGUGGCACAGACACCGGUGCUGCCAAGAAGCGGAAAGGCAAGCCCGCCGCGAAGCCCAUCAAAAAGACAAAGAAGAAAGAUACAUCCGAUGAAGAAGAAGAGGAUGAGAGUGACUAAGCGCUGGCGCGCUGGCGAGUUACUGGCUUUUAGCGGAGUGACGAAAACUUAAACUAUAAGUUUUAAAUAUUUUAUUAAAGUAAUUUUAAGUGGCAUAUACAAAUGUAUGUAUACAUACUUACGGAUGACAUUGAUGGGUAACUUUAAUUAUACAUACAUACAUACAAAUAUAUGCACUCAACAAAACAAAAAACAAAAGAAAGAAAAUACAAAAAAAAAUAUACAAAAAAGAAAAAAAACUUUACUUAAAAUAAAAUAGCCAUAAAAUUAAUACAAGUACAUAAAGUUUCCAGUUUUUAAAACAUUACAAAUACGACAAACCACAUAAGAGGAAAACAAAUGGCAAAACAUUUUUGUAUUCCUUCCAACUGAAUUAAUUUUCUUAUUUUGAUUUUCCUUCAAAUGGUUUCCUAUAUUUUUUUAGUAUGGUAUACUUUAAUUUUAUAUUGUAAAAUAUAAAUUAAUUAUGUAUUAGAUAUUCGUGCGAUUUUUCUUGCAUGUACAUACAUUUAUAUGUAGUGAAAACUUGACAUGUUUAUAUGUUACUCGAAAAAGUCUUUUCGUAUUUUGUCAAUACAAGGUGAGUUCCAAAGUAAA